GCCCGAGCCCUCCGCUGCCGAGGAGGAGGAGAGCUGCGGCGGGCGAUGGAGUGGAACUCGUUGCUGAUGCUCCUGGAAGCCGCCGAGUACCUGGAGCGGCGGGAGCGGGAGGCCGAGCACGGCUACGCCUCCGCGCUGCCCUUCGACCGGGCCUGCGCCCGGAGGAGGACCGCCGCCAGGAAGGCCCCGAGCAGCCGGUCCUCACAUAAUGAAUUAGAAAAACAUAGGCGGGCUAAGCUACGACUAUAUUUAGAAGAAUUAAAACAGCUUGUCCCUUUGGGAGCUGAGAGUACUAGACACACCACGCUCAGCCUGCUGAAAAGAGCCAAGAUGCAUAUUAAGAAAUUGGAAGAACAGGACCGGAAAGCUCUAAAUAUUAAAGAACAAUUACAGCGAGAACAUCGGUACCUCAAACGUAGAUUGGAACAGCUAUCCAUGCAGGGCCUGGAACGAGUUCGCACAGAUAGCCUUGGAUCAACGAUAUCAACAGAUUCUGAGCAAGAGGUGGACAUCGAAGGCAUCGAAUUCACCCCUGCUGAGAUGGACAGCAGCGGGAGCGCCAGCGACGCAGAAGACAGCUUGCAAGGCAGCUCGAGCGACAGCGGCUACGCCCGGCCCCACAGACGGACCACCCGGCUCCUGUAGCUGACCAGGCUGAACUGCCUGUCCCGGGAUCUCCCGGUGGGAGCACUUCCCUGAAAAAGCCCAGAGUUGUUGACCACCAUUCUUCGGAAAGCGCCCCUUUGAAAGAGGCCUCUGUCCAGGAUUCCCUAGGCUAUUAAUAUAUUAAAGUAGAAAUCAUGGGUUUUUGGCUUUUUUUCUGCAGGCUGAGAUUAGAUACAAUUUUGGGUUCAAGUUCCUUCAUGUCCCCAUUAUACAAGCAGUUAAUUGUUGAGAGGGGUUUUGUUAAUCUCUCCCAGAAAUGUAGAAGUUCAGCUUUUGAAUAAAUUACAUGGACCCAUUUUGAUAAAUUACUCUAGAUGUUAAAAUAUGGAGGAACAUAGUAGGGAACUAACACACAUAAAAUUCGGCUUUUGCUCUUAAAAAUAUGGUUUGGCAAACUACUGGGUACCAGACUUUACCCCUCCAGACAUCAGCUGAUGUAACCAAAACUGCAAAAACUCCCUUUUUGUGGGAUUUGCUCUGCCUCACUUGCAGCUGCUUUGGAUUCUUUGGAAAGGAAAAGAUAAAGCUUUUAAUGUAGAUUAUCGUUUUUAAAAAUCGUUUGCAAAGACUGCUGCGGUAGGCUCUUUCGGUUGUUUUGAGACAUACAAAGUAUAUGAUGCUGAUAACUAAAAAGUGUAUGGUUGUUCUCCAAAAGAAGGGGGAAAGCUGGUUCUGUUAAUCAGGUGAUGUGCAAUGACACCAGCUUUCUCUGUUUUGUAGCAGCCAAUUCCAGCUAAUUCCAGCAGUGUACUCACGGUGGCUGGAAUAUGCAAAAAGGCUGGGUAGAAUCAGAUUUUCUGCAGCAUGGACUUUUUAUACAGAGACAAUUGUCUCCCAUUUUUAGCAAUUGCUGCACAUGAAAAGUUUUUAGUCUCCAGCAUAUGUUCCAGCACCGGCUGUCCAUCCUACUGCUUUAUAUUUUUAGGUACAAUCUCCAGUUUCUUAGUACCAUUCGUGAAUCUGAUGGAGGCUUUCUUGUACUCCAGGAAACCAGGGAAAUCCUAAGAAAUUACAGUUCAAGAAAGGAGUCGGAUAUGUACCAUAUGUGUAUACCUUUGGCUGGCUCAGAUGUGACAGCCAUUUGUUGCGUUUGAGCAAGCAUGUGGGUGGACCCAACCCUGUGGUUCUGGUUUGUCUCCUCUUGCAAGCAGUAACUGUUAAAAAACCAGAAAGCCUCUAUAUCAAGAAAGGGUCAGUUGAAACUCUUGGUUUCUUGGACUGGAUUAUACAUUACAUAUUUCAGUAUUUUUAUUGGAGGAUUCUGAAUCGCAUGACCCUGGGAUUAACUAAAACAGAAUUGUUGGCUCAAUUUUUUGUUGUUUCUCUAUGUGGAGUUGCCAAUAAACUUAAAGGAAAGUUUAGCUUUAAAUUUCAGUAUUGAUACUGUGAUUUAAAUGCUAUACUUGCAGUUUUCAAAAUAACAAAACGCUCUAAGAUUGCAUCAUUCAUUUAGCCUUCAUCAAGCUUUUUAGAAUGUAGUUACUCCAGUUGUAGCAAUAUUGCAAAGGUGUAAUUGAAAACAGUUUUAAGCUUAGUGAAGUAAUUAGUUUGGCUUGCUGAUAAUUAAAAAUGGACCAAUCUUUUCAUUGAAAAAGGUCUUUUUAAAAAAAAAAAAGUGAUAAAAAGCUAUAUACUCUCUAGCCAACUGGUUUAUUUCCUAUAGGUAUAUUUCCUAUAAAAUAGUCUGUAUUGUAUUUUCCUAAUUCUUCUGAACUACUUAACUAGAGAAAGAAGAUAGUGAACCCAACCAGAGUCUCAGGGACUCUUCGUGUUUAUCAUAUUGUGCCUUGGUAACUUACCUUUUCUUUUCUUUUCUCUUUUUUCUUUUUUUCGUUUCCUUUUCCUUUCCUUCCUCUUCCUCUUCCUCCCUUCUAAAUAAAGCUAUUUCAGAAGCCUCAGUCACAAUUCUUGACUGUUUCAUUUUGCCUCAGAUGAAAUACUGAGUUUUAUUUUACCUUUCUACGGAUGGGAAAAGAAAUCAUUCCCAUAAUUUCCCACCCACCCCCCUUCCUUAGUGAAAUAUGUAAUAUUUGUGCCUCUAUGAGAAGUGGGCUGCAAGAAACUAAAUAAGCUCUGCUCCAGAAAUUGGUAUCCUUCAACACAAGAGUUCAAUCAAUCAUAGUGGUUUAAAUGGAUGGAUCAAAUUCAUCUGCACCAAGAUGAUGUGUAGCGAUGGGGCUGAGAAACGUUGCUCUGAUGUGGGGCCUCUUGUAAUCGGUGCAGAUCAUAGGAUAAAUCAGUGCCUUUGGCUAGUACAAUCCAAAACUACAAUUACGUGCUUUUAGCAUUGAACAUUUUUGAUCUUAAAAAAAAAAAUACAACCUGCUAGGAUGGAUAAAAUUAACAUUUUGUUGGUUCCUUUAUGUUCAGUUAUACUUGUUUUCCCUUUGGUGCUACAAUGCAGAAAAUUAGGAAUUCACGUCUGGCAGCUUAUAACUCUUGGUUUGCUUCUGAGUAGCCUCGAAUUUGUCAUCAAGGAUAUCAUGGAUUAAGUUACUUUUGUAGCCAUCCCUCCUUUAUCCAUGGGGAGAGCUGUAAAGUUAUUUCUGGCAGCUGAAUUUAAGUUUAAUAAACAUCUGUUACACUAUUUUAGUAUGCUAAGCACAUUGUAUAUUUCUAAAAUCCCCAUUGGGAAAGGUAUAAAGCAAUAUAAGCAUUGUGUGUGGCUGAUAAAGCAGCAUUAAUUACUAAUUCCUUUUGAUUAUUUUUGUUCAAUUUCCAAAUCAUGGUUUUUCUUCUAGAAGCUUUAAUAACCGUUAAUGGGAAAAAUCGCUAGUAAUGUUGUUAGUUUCCUAUUACAAUAUAAUGAAUUUACUCAUGGCUUUUAGAAUGUUUGUUUCAUGAAAAGCAAUUCUUGCACAGAACUCUCCUACGGAAAAAAAACUGGGAGAAUGGAAAAGAGACUUCAUGAAAAACAUCACUGACUUUCGGCUAUUCUGAUGUUUUUAAAAACGUGUGUACAGUUUAAUGAAUUCUUCCAUGCUGGGUAUCAGUGGCUUUGUAGGUCUUUUAUAUUUUCAAUAAAGAUUAUUCAAUAUUCUGA